GGCUGUGGUUGGAGGGCGCUGUGGUUAGUGGAAGCCUUUCGCGUCACUCCAGUGCCGGAGUCCUGCUCGCUAACCCGCCUGUGGGGCUGAGCCAGAGAAAGAGAGAGAGAGAGGACCAAUAACAGCUUCAGCACCAAGCGAGCAACUGAUCCGCUCCGCAUCGCUCCCCGCGCUGGAGGACAGCCGCGAGGAAAAUGCUGAGCUCGAAUUAACAUGACUGACAACUUUUCGACAUCAUCAGCGUUGGAAACUCGAACAGAAGCGUCGGAGGAUCUGCACAAGUGAAUGUUCCAAUAGUCAGGGCGAAGUCCCGACACUGCGCCCAUGCACAGUUCGCUGAAAGUCCAUCCAGCUCCAGGGAUUGCUCGAAGAUGAAGUUUGGAAGCGGACCCCUGAUCCUGAACGUCGGGGGGACCCGAUAUUCGUUCCCGAAGGAUGUGAUCAAGGACUUUCCCCUCAGAAGGGUUAGCAGACUUCACAGCUGUGUCUCAGAGAAAGAGGUGUUGGAAGUGUGCGAUGACUAUGACCACGAAAGAAAUGAGUAUUUUUUUGACAGGCACUCCGAGGCUUUCGGGUUCAUCAUGCUUUACGUCAAGUACGGGAAGCUCCGAUUUGUCCCUCACAUGUGCGAGUUGUCCUUUUACAACGAGUUAAUUUACUGGGGUCUAGACCGCUCGCACCUCGAAUAUUGCUGCCAAAGGCGCUUGGAUGACAGGAUGUCUGACACCUACACAUUCUACUCCGAGGAGGAAGAAGAGCUAAGAAAGCAGAAGAAAAAGGAGUUAAAAAAGACCUCGCCGUCUAAUAGGAAGUGGCUGGAUAGGAUGAGGAGGACUUUUGAGGAGCCCACCUCGUCUGUAGCGGCCCAGAUUCUGGCAACCGUGUCCGUGGUAUUUGUUAUCGUUUCCAUGGUGGUAUUGUGCGCCAGCACACUACCAGACUGGAAAACAGCCGAGAACAACAGUGUGGAGGAGCACAGGAUAAUCGAAGCGAUCUGCAUGGGCUGGUUCACCGCCGAGUGCAUUGUGAGGUUUCUCGUCUCGAAAAACAAGUGUGAUUUCGUGAGGAAGCCCUUGAACAUUAUUGACUUGCUGGCCAUCACGCCGUAUUAUAUCUCGGUGCUGAUGUCCUUCUUCACCGGGGAGAACUCGCAGUUGCAGCGGGCUGGGGUGACCCUCAGGGUCCUGAGGAUGAUGAGGAUUUUCUGGGUGAUCAAACUUGCUCGUCACUUCAUUGGCCUGCAGACCCUGGGCUUGACUCUGAAACGCUGCUACCGGGAGAUGGUCAUGCUCCUGGUGUUUAUCUGCGUCGCUAUGGCGAUAUUUGGUGCCCUCGCCCAAUUGUUGGAAAGCGGACUCGACCUGGAAGAUAAAAAUACAGCCUAUGCCAGCAUUCCGGCAUCCUGCUGGUGGGUGAUCAUCUCCAUGACUACGGUGGGGUACGGGGACAUGUACCCAUUCACCGUCCCCGGCAGGAUCCUAGGAGGGAUGUGUGUGGUCAGCGGCAUCGUCCUGCUAGCGCUGCCCAUCACUUUCAUCUACCACAGCUUCGUGCAUUGUUACCAUGAGCUUAAAUUCAGGUCAGCUCGCUGUGGCAGGAGUUUAUCACUGGAAUAUCUGAACUAAUGGAGCGAGUUAAGUGGGAAGAGGCUGGUGUGGAGGAGAAACGGCAGUACAGACCAGUGGGGUCGAAUGGCCUGUUUCUGUGCUGUAGACUUUAUGUGAUCGUGUGUAAGUGAUGGGGAAUCCAGAGGCUGUGCACUGGGACAUUCAGGCUGAGACAUUUAUGGCUGAAAAGUCCGAUUUGAAGAUCUCCGUAAUGGAUAUACUGAAUCACAGAAUGCACUGGGGUCAACAUUCAUGGUUUUACCGCAAAAUAAUGAAAUAACUUUAACUCCAGCAGAAAUGAUAAAGUUGCGCGACCGAAUGUCAGUUCAGCAAAGACCUGAAGCUGUUCACAUCUGUUCAACAAAAAUUUAGAUAGACCAUUCUAAGACCGGAGGGAUUGGUAAACAUUUUAAUGUACACAAUAACCCACGUGGCUUGUAAACACACAAAAUCAACUUGCUGAGGGGGAAAGAGAAUUCGAAGGAACUAAGCAACACGUUUCAAAUGUGCUAAACAUGAUCUGAUGCAGAAUGAAGCUUCCAUCAGGAGAGUGGACUCAUAAAUGCGACGGUUUCAUUUUCAACCCCCAGGGGUGCAAUCGAACGCUCGCCAUCUUACUUUGGAGUUUCGCCUUUUCAAUGGAUAUACUAAAACUCAUUUCGAUCGUGAAGCCAAACAAUUUACUUAAGACAGCGCAUUCAGGUCUCUGGUUAAGCUGUAGAAUGUACGAGGAGCACACGAAACUUGAUGGAAAAAUACCUUAUGUGGAUAAUGGGACGGCCGCUGAUUUCAGUGGCACCUUUACCAUUUGUGAAAGCGGCUUUUCCCUUAAGGUUGGUGGUGGAGAAGGACAAACAGUAAAUUGCAAUCUUAGGGUAAAGGCUGACCAAAAGCGACGCUUCAUUUAGGGUUAGCACGAGCAGAAUUAGCUGCCUAGUUCAAAAGUUAGGGAGAAGGGAACGUAUUUAUUCUUUAGCGGGAAUAGUCUUUUCAUAGUUUAUAUCAAGUAUUUCUAACAAAUGCCUCCACUAUACUCCGGGCCAAAUUCCGACUCUUCUCUGCGGAAGAAGUUUCUAGCCUUGAGCUGGGCCAGAGCUGAUUCGCAUGCAACAAACGGAUACCUGGAGGUUUAAAACAAAAAUAAAAAAAAAAAUUGGCAAUGUGUGCACUCAGUAUGCGACUAGCAGGUUGGGGAUGAACUGUUUCCCCAUGUUUCCAGUCCUCAUAGGUUAGGUGUAGCAUGAGUUACAUGCCGUGCAGGGCUUUCAUAAACUGCUAGCAUCGUCCUAAGUAUCAGUGAGGAAAAAGUACAAUUCAACUACUUCAACCUAUCUUAUUUCCUGAAACUACCCAUCAAGUGGGGCCUCUCUUAAGAUUGGCCCAUUGGCACCAAUUAUGCUGAAAUUCUCAUGCUUAGGAGCCGCAAACAUUGGGAGUGGAAACGGGAAGACAACCUGGAACCAACUUGUCCCCAAGUACCAUUGGUAACCGAGAAAAUGCAUUCGGGCUGUCCCUGAAGUCAGAUUCAAAACCGGAACCGGACAUUUCAAAAACAGUGGGAUUGUCCCAGCAUCCGGUCAGGAUGUGUCACCGCAUCUCCAAACCAACCUCAAUGAACAGGAAGAUCCUCAACGACAGAGCGCAUCACCAUCCGACAGACAAUGAAAGCGAUUAAUUAAAUCUGGAAUGACAACAACUCUAUAUGUUACAGAGUUGUCUCAGUCUUUUUGAGGAUUGUUAAUCUCUUCUGGGCAUAUCUUUGGGCGAGAUCUUUUAACACAAACAGCAAACGCCACCAGUGAGGUAUAUAUAUAUAUAAAAAAAGAAGCCAGCCUGGUAAUGUGGAAAAGUCAAUGUGUCACACACACCGCAGAUGGUGCACAGGCUUUGAUACUCCAAGGCCACCUGCUCGAGGAUUAUCAUCCUUUCAACUGGCUCCGACAAAGCUCUGUCCAGAUUCUCUGAUCUGAGACAAAGGCUGGAUAGGAAUCCAGUGCUAAAGGAUCCUGCAGGUACUAUGCAGGCUUUUCAGCGCUGCCCUGCAACCAGCACUUCCACAAGUCCUACAAAAAGAAAGAGUAUUUUGGACGAAUAUUUGAAGAUCUUACAUGGGUUUUUGGAAAUGCUUUUAGGAUGAUCCUAAUAAUUGCAGAAUAUAAAAUGCAAUUCAAAGAGUACCAACUCGAAUGCUUCCCUUGGACCAGCAGCUCGUUGCUGCUCGGUAUUAAGACCUGCGGUCGCCCUGGUUAGUAUCGAGCUAGAUGGUUGUGGUGGAAGCUGACCAGACCCCGCCCUGGGCCAGAAGCUCCACACUGGCCUCCGCAGAGGCGGGUCAGCUCGGCUCGGUUAGGUUCGGUUCAGGAAACAGUGAGAAAGUUAUGGCAGAUUUUGGUCCCACUAACAAUGCGACAAGUUACUGUCGCAAAUUCAAGUCCGUUUCAGAAUCUUGCGAAAGAUAUUUGCUUAUUUUGGUCCUUGA